UAACGACUCUAUACAAUUGAGGGGGUGUUCUGAACUAUGAGAUAGUGACCUCUAGUGUGGGGUCAAUGAGGUAUUUCCGUUUGGGCAGGGUUAAUGGAUCAGUUCUGCCGCGGCUUUCAAUGUAUACGGUUGUUGCCUGCACCUCAUCGACACCGCUGAGUGGCUCCCAAGUUAUAUCACCAUCCUCCCAGACAACCAUGAAUUCGAGACUGCCCUUGACCCAUCGGUGUCCGUUGAUAUUGGUGACAACGCUCUCCGCAACUUCGCCCUCUGACUCGUUCAUGUCCACAUUCACAACAUCGUUCUCCCCAGACUGCGAGUUGUCUAUAAGCAAGAAAGGCUGAUGGGAUUGUGCAGAGAUUGGUGGGCUUGGUGUCGAGGGAGGCGGGGCGCUGCAAAGGUUAUUCAAACUGAUGCUUUCCGAGUCGGAAUCAUCGUUUGUGCGGGAUGGUUCGUCCUGUAUUCCGUCACUCCAUGUACCUGACUCAUCCUCCUCCGAGCUAUCCUCCAACUCCUCCUCCGAGCUACUUUCUAUUGUUGAUCCUCUGCCUCUGCCUCUGCCUCUGCCCCGGCCUCGCGUACCUCUGCCCCAGCCUCGCGUGCCUCUGCCUCUAGGAGCUUCAGAUUCAGUUGUUCCGUGUCCACGUCUGCGUCCGCGACCUCUUCCGCCUCGUGUGUUGGACCCUCGCCCACCAUGUCCUCGACCUCGAC